AUGUUGGUGUGUUUCAGUGAAGACGAUUUUAAUAAGGACGAAGGUUGUGACUGCGUGGGUGGGCAGGAAGGGGGCCAACCGAAGGAGAAGGAUGAAGAAAAUGGCAAAGUAUCGAAAGGUGUGGGGAAUGCAGGGGAUGCCGGUGACCCCCGGCUGAUGGUGGUGGAGGAUUUAUUGGGUAAAGAGGAUGCUUAUGUUGUGUACAAGGAGUUUGCAAGAGCGAGGGGAUUUGGAGUUCAAAAGGGGGAUGUGGGCCGUGUUGAUGGGGUUUGGGUUAGGAGAGACUUUUUCUACCACCGACAAAGGGUACGAUAUCCCAAGCACUUUGACCGACCUGAGCGAGUUAGGGAGGAGCAGUUGGAGAGUCGAACUAACUGCAAAGCAAAAUUAAAGAUUUACUAUGAUGUGCAUCGCAGUUUGUGGAAGGUCAGGACCAUCGUUGAUGACCACAACCACGAUCUUGCUGCGGCAAUGUUUUCCUACCUACUUCCUAGUCAUCGGAAGAUGAGAAACAACGACAAGGCCCAAGUUGAUAGCAUGAAGCAGUUUGGGAUUCCGACGUUCAAAAUAAUGGCCAAUAUGGCUGGUCAGUCCGGUGGGGCUGCCCGAAUCAGUGAUGGCGAUGCGGCAGCAACCAUAAGUUACCUAGAGGGUAAGGCCGAUGCUGACCUGAGGACAGUGGCACAUUACAAGCGCAACGCUGAAAAUCGCUUAGGGAGCUUAUUUUGGGCCGACGGAGAGAUGGUGUCAGAUUACCAUUUGUUUGGUGAUGUUGUGGCUUUUGAUUUGACGUAUAAGUCUAACAAGUACAAGAAACCGCUUGUAGUAUUCUCCGGCUCGAACCAUCACAAGCAGACAACCAUUUUUGGUUUCACGUUGUUGGAAGACGAGGAAGUUCACAGUUAUCGGUAG